GAGGCUGGGGGAGGGGAGGUGCGAGGCGCCGUCCAAUGACAAAGCCCCGGGGUGGGCGCCGGCCGCCAUCUUGAGCCGGGCGGCAGGAUAUCCACCGCGUCCUCCGCCCUCGGAGAGAGGGGAGGGGCGGCGGCGGAGGCGAGAAAAGUAGCGAGGGAGCGAGAGACGCGCCAGGCGGGAGGCGCCCGUAGCGGCCGUCGCCGCGGAGCUCGACGCGGACGCGGGGCGGGAGACGGCAGCGGCGGCCCCGCGAGUGCGGCGGGCGGCUCCGAGCGGCCUCCGAUGAGGCGCAGCGUGAAGAGGCGGCGGCGCCGGCCCCGGGGCGCCUGGGACUUCGGCGGCGGCGGCGGCCCCGGGGCGGGCGGCGGCGCGCCGCCCGAGGCGCGGGAGGAGAAGGUGGUGUACUCGCGCUCGCAACUGUCGCUGGCCGACAGCACCAAGGCGCUGGGCGACGCCUUCAAGCUGUUCAUGCCCAGCAGCACGGAGUUCAUGAGCUCCGAGGCGGAGCUCUGGAGCUUCCUGUGCAGCCUCAAGCACCAGUUCUCCCCGCACAUCCUGCGCAGCAAGGACGUCUACGGCUACUCCUCCUGCCGGGCCCUGGUGCCCGACCCCGCCGAGCCCCCCGCCGCCCGCAGCCGCCCGCGCCGGCCCGGCCCGCGCGCCGCGGCCAGGAGGAGGCGCCGUGGAGUCCGCGCGGCCCCCGCGGCCCAGAGGAAGCCGCGGCCGCCGCCGGCUCCCGGAGAGCCGGGCCCCGCCCGGCCCGGGGAGCCCGGACCCUGCAGCUUCGGGGGUCGCAGCCUGGAGGAGAUCUGGAGGGCCGCCACCCCGACGCUGACCACCUUCCCCACCAUCCGCGUCGGCGACGACGUGUGGGGCGAGCGCAGCCUGGCGGCGGCGCGGCGCCGAGCGCGCCAAGUCCUGCGCGUGGACCUGGAACCCGUGGUGAGGCUGCGCCGCUUCCCGGUGCCGCGGGCGUGAGGGGCCGCGGGUGACCCGCGCCGCCCUGGCCCCGCAGGGACGGACAAACGUCAGUCGAGUGUUUACAGAUCGGCCCGCACCCGGUCCUCAGCGCACUUUAACCAGACCCAGCCCCCCGACGGGCUCGUCCCGCCCUUCGCCCCGGGACGCGGGGGUAGGGGGGCUGCGGGACAGGUGUGUGUCCUCGGCCGCCUCCCGGCGUUCCGUCUGCGGGAGGAGGAGCCGGCCGGACCGCGGGGGGAGGGCCCUGGGCUUCCUGACCCCAGAUUGAGACGUAUCCAGGACUACAGGGGGCAGACUCGAUCUCCCCCUUUUGGACUCUACCUCACUGGUCUGGAAGUCCUCCGAAGAAGAUCGUUUGUGUUGUUUUUUUUUUCCUUCUUCUUCCAAAAGCAUUUGUGGUCGUGUGCUUGUGUUUAAAAAAGAAAAAAGGCACAAUUUUGACUUUGCUCAUUCUCCUCCCUUGACCGCUGCCACCCUUCCUGCUGGAUGGAAGAUCGGAUAUGUUUUGUGCUGGUGGACUAGUUUGUGCUCAGGGUAUUCUGAAUUUCACUCGUUUUGUUAAGUUAUUGUUAUUUUCCCCCUGGAUUCCAAAGCCUUGAUCAAAGAUAUUUUCUAAGAGUUCAAGUUUAUAACUGAUAGGAGUGCAAGGACUUCUAUGAAUUCAGUGACUUUUACAAAGAGACGGAGAAGUAUAAUUUUAGACAUUUAUAUAAGGUUUUUCUCAUAAAAUUUUAUGUUGCUAUUUACUGAGCUUCUAGACAAAAAUGGUAGAAUACCGUUCUCAAGUUUUGUUUAGGAAAAAUUGACUUGUCAAAUUCUUUAAUUGAAUAAAAUUUAACGUGUUUGGAACCGCAUCGCUUGUGAUAAAAAGUGAAUUGUGAACAACUGGCGUUGGUGACAGGAAUGAGUGGAAUCCAGUUGGAGUUACUUUGGCCUCGUGUCACCGUCUAACAUAAAAAUCCAGGAAUGUUCAAGGGACGACAUUGUAAAAUGGAAGUUGCAUUAGAGAGAUCAAUGCAUGUGAACAGCGAAUAAAGGGAUAAACGGAAUACCCAUUAGAAUUUCAGAAUGGAUAAUGAUCUACAGGAAGGGUGGGGCCAUUUCUUGAUAUCAAAUAACUAGUUGAAGUUACUGUGGACAACAUACUUUUUUUUUCUUUUUUGUUGUUGGAUACCAAGAAAUGCCCAGAUUAUUAUUCAUUGCCUUUAUGAAUUUCAUGACAAUUCAUUGUUUUUGUCCUGUGAAUUUUCUCUUUUUUUAAAAAAUCAUCUUUCCAUUUAUAAUUAUGCUUGCAAUCUUUGACAACUAAAGGCCACAGGAAUCAAAUAGAGAACUACAACAGAGCACUGACCCUUCAUUACACUUUUAUAAUAGUGUGUAUACCAUACCGCCCAGUAUGGAAUCCUUGAUUAAUCCAAGUGCCUUUGGUCAUUGGUGGCAGCAAGACUUAAUGGUUUUUAGCCAGUGGUGCCACAGCCAGCUUUUACCGCAAUACCUAAAGGGUCAAGUGUUUUUGUGCUACUAGUCUUACAAAUUUAAGUAUUCUGCCAUGGAAUGAUCCAUACUGGGCUGGAACUUGACAUGUUGAAUCCUUAGUGCUAAAGUUUCUGUCAGUUUGGCAGCUUCUUGGGAAAAUAAGUUCCUGUUUGAUCCUUAUAAUCCUAGAAUUCAAAUGGCAUAGCUUUCUGAAAAUCAUUAUUUUAAGUUUAGUAGUCCAUAGAGUGUUGUGACUUAAUUUCAGUGUUGUUUUGUAAAAAGAACUAUAUAUAUAUAUAUAUACAUAUAUAAAUACAUAUAUGACUUUAUGCCAGUUUCCCAAUAAGCCUAAUCUUUAUACUCAAUAAAUUGUUACACAUGCUGUCACAUGAAUAAAUAAAAAAUGAAUAUAAUCAGAAGGAGAGUGUUAAGUUAUAGUUGUGUGAAGGGAAGCUAAGACAUAUUCUGUCAGUCUUUAGCCUCCUUGCCAAAUGUAUUUCAGAUACAUACGAUUUUAUUCCCAAAAAAUAUAGUUAACUUUUAUAGCUAACUCAGCACCUGCAGAAAAUGUAUUUGUACCACUACACUAUUGUACAGUUUUAUAAUAGCUGAAAACAAAUCCAAUGGCCAUAUUAAAAUGUAAUUUCAACAUGUUCCUUACCUAGUUUCCCAGAGGAUUUUGAAAUUAGACUAGCAGAGAGAAUAGCUUUUCUCUGCCCACAACUAAAACAACCCAGUGACACCAUGCAUUUAUUUUAACUGAGAUUCUUGACAGUAUUUUUCUUAUGCCUUGUUACUUUAGUGCACUUGAACUCAUGUAAAUGAUUCCUUGGCUUCUUUGCAGUGAUGUCAGUUUGGAUCUGAUUGCCUGUCUGAAUUCAAUAUAGCUCAUCUGGGCUACUAAAAUGUCAUGCCAUUUCUAGUUUGUGGAGUAAGAUGUAAAAAACAAAAUAAGAAACUAUUUUUGUCAAGUUUUCUUCAGCGAAACAUAUGACCACUCCUAAAAUGUGAAGAAAAACAUCUAAUACAGUUGGCUAAUGUAUAGUAGCGUGAAAGUUUUGUAUGGAUACCUUUGGGCAGAAUGUGAAAAGAAAUUUGGCAUAGUGGCCUCUAUUGUAAGGCAUCCAUUACUGUCCUAUAAAAUGAAUCUUUAGCUUAGUUUGUGUAUAGUUUUUCAGAGAAAUCUUAUAACAUGCUUUCUCUUAUAUCUUGUAUAGCACAAGUAGAGAGGGACAUCUAGGAAAAAGAUCUAUCACCUGCCUAUGCUUUCAUUUAAAUGUUUGACUUUUGAGUGCCUAAAUGUGGUGACUGGCACCUGACAUGACCUUUUGAGAUCCUUGAUGUCAUUUUUACCUUCCUCUCGGUCAACCAGCAACUUUUACUUUAAGUCAGUAACAUGAUAGCAAGCUUCAUUGUUGAUAGUGCGAGGUGUUGCUCUUGUGGUGUGUGUUUAUUUUGUCUUUAAGUUUGAAUUCACUAUUGGACAAAUGUAACAAGCUGGUGGCUAAUACCUACUGAUUUGCUAUGUGCAAAUGACUGCUAUUUUUCAGAAAUUCCUUCAAUUGAAAAUUUUUUUUGAAUACAAAUCUGAACAAUUUUGGAUGCAAACUUUUUGUUUUAAGGGUUGCCACGGCGUUCUUUAAAUAGGUGAUUUUUAAUGAACAUAUAUAUAUUAACAUUUACUUUAUUGGUAUGUUAAUUUUUAAUAAACUGUUAUGUCUUAAGUGCAUUAGAAAGCAAUUGUUUGUAGUGGAACUGAAGUGUUUCUCUGGAUGGUUUAAUGUGCAUAUGAUUGUACCUUGCUUUUUAACUUAUUAACUGUAAAUAAAUUUUAGAUAAUACAGUGUCUGGUUUUUUCUAAUGAUGCUGAAAGUUUUUGAAAUGAGAUUUUAUGUUUGCAUGUGAAUGAGAAAACAUCUGAAUUUACAGUUGAAUAAGUUUUUACUUUUUGUGAACUUUAAACUCUUGGAAAUCUCUA